UGCUCCUUUCUCGUCUCUGUCUUCUUCGUCCUCAUUCGUUUUAAAGCAUCAAAAAAAAUCAUCAAAUAAAAAAGUCUGUAGCUUUCGCAUGUAAAUCCCUCCUUGAAGGUUUCUAACUCGUUAAUCGUAACUCACAGUGACUCGUUCGAGUCAAAGUCUCUGUUUUUAACUCAAAACCAUGGCUAGUAACAACCCUCACGACAACCUUUCUGACCAAACUCCUUCUGAUGAUUUCUUCGAGCAAAUCCUCGGUCUUCCUAACUUCUCAGCCUCUUCCGCCGCCGGUUUAUCUGGAGUUGACGGGGGAUUAGGUGGCGGAGCACCGCCGAUGAUGCUGCAGUUGGGUUCCGGAGACGAAGGAAGUCAUAUGGGUGGCUUAGGAGGAAGUGGACCAACUGGGUUUCACAAUCAGAUGUUUCCUUUAGGGUUAAGUCUUGAUCAAGGGAAAGGACCUGGCUUUCUUAGACCUGAAGGAGGACAUGGAAGUGGGAAAAGAUUCUCAGAUGAUGUUGUUGAUAAUCGAUGUUCUUCUAUGAAACCUGUUUUCCACGGGCAGCCUAUGCAACAGCCAGCACCAUCGGCACCACAUCAGCCUACAUCAAUCCGCCCUAGGGUUCGAGCUAGGCGUGGUCAGGCUACUGAUCCACACAGCAUCGCUGAGCGGCUACGUAGGGAAAGAAUAGCAGAACGGAUCAGGGCGCUGCAAGAACUCGUACCUACUGUGAACAAGACCGAUAGAGCUGCUAUGAUCGAUGAGAUUGUCGAUUAUGUAAAGUUUCUCAGGCUCCAAGUUAAGGUUUUGAGCAUGAGCCGACUUGGUGGAGCCGGUGCGGUUGCUCCACUUGUUACUGAUAUGCCUCUUUCAUCAUCAGUUGAGGAUGAAACGGGUGAUGGUGGAAGGACUCCGCAACCCGCAUGGGAGAAAUGGUCUAACGAUGGGACUGAACGUCAAGUGGCUAAACUGAUGGAAGAAAAUGUUGGAGCCGCGAUGCAGCUUCUUCAAUCAAAGGCUCUUUGUAUGAUGCCAAUCUCAUUGGCAAUGGCAAUUUACCAUUCUCAGCCUCCGGAUACAUCUUCAGUGGUCAAGCCAGAGACGAAUCCUCCACAGUAGGAUUUGUGCAAUAAAAGAGUUUGUACAGC